GCGCACGCGUGAAAGAGCCGCCCAAACUCGCCGCGAAAAAAUUUGAAACAUCGCUGUGUACGUGAGACGUUAAUUUAUUUUGUGCUUAGUUAUAGCUUCGUAGUGUACUCCGUGUGGUCGCCAUUUGCAGGCCGGACUUUUGUUGUAGAGCAAUUAAAUUUUAUUACCUUUGACCGUAAGUGGAUGUGUGGUGAUGAACUCUAUGUACAAAGUUUAUUUUCAUCGCCCGUUUUGUACAUAAUAGUAGUUACAAACCUUUUAGCCUAUCAUAAAACACGCAGAUGUAAUUAAUUAGUUUCCAGCACUUUAGAACUUUACCCGUUGGUCCAAAAUAGUGACUUAAUAUAGAAACCUAUAAUAUCGAAACUAUAUCGCAAAACUUCUCAUAUCUCGUAGAGUAACUUUAUAACUGUGUAAAUAUCAAUUGGAAGUAUUGAGAAUACUUGAUCUGGUGCGUGGACCAAAGAUUCAGGUGAACUAGCGUACAUUUAAUAAUAUAUCGUGUGUGUGAUUUGUGUACAUAAUAUAGUAACUAUGCGGACGGAUUAAUAAAACAACACUGCAAGUUUACCGAAGACAACGAAACUAAUUGUUAUUGAUUUUCCAAUUACAGAUAAAACAAUAAAAUGUCGGUACCUACCACAGACAGCACGGAAGCCAUAACCAACUCAGGGUACGGCAGUAGUGACGAGACUGCAAGCCUGUUAGUCUCAGGCCCAUCUGUAACUGUUAUAGUACCAGCUGAAAACAACAGAUCAGUCAAACCUGUGCUACAAAGACAAGACUGCACGACUCAUCUAAGACCUCAACUGUCAGGUGGGCCUGGGAGCGAAGAAAGCGGUACGUCAAUUAGACUGGAAGACGGAACUACGGCGAGAAGCGUGCCUGACAUAGAACUUCAAUGUCGGGAACCAGCAGACCGACCUCAGACGUUGGUCUCUCCCGUAGCCACCUGUUCCCACCGCGGGUCAGUGACCGCCUGCCAACUAGUUCCGCACAUGUACGCAAGAUGUCGCGUCUGCGAAAGGCGGCAAUCCACGGCGCCUAUAUCGGCGUUACAACUAGCGCGCUCUGUGUCCCGAGAAAGCGUACGAUCGGCGGUGCAUUAUCCUUGUGGGUGCAGUUCACUUCACGCUGUUAGCACCUGCCCUGUUAUACAACCUCCGGCUUUAUUACUACCGACAUCAAGUACGAGAAUCAUCCGGCAGAGUUCGCAGCCAGAGUCUAGCGCAUGCGCGGCACACUGUCCGCACCACGCCCAUCAUCACCCCAGCGCCUCCCUGCGACAGUUGAGGGAACCAGGAGAUGGAAUCGCCGGAAUCGCUGCCGACUCUCUACGUAUCAACGGUGGAAUGAGGCCCUUUAAGCAGGCUGGCCUGCUCCUCUGUCCACAAACCCUGUCGCAGACCCGCCGAGCCAGACUGAGGCGCGCUUUCACUGAGGCCACAGGAGAUACAGUUAACUACGUUAGAACGAGGACCACGAUGGACUUACCACCUAGCAUACAACUGCGGAAGCCGGUGUCGACACUCUCGAUCCCCGGCGCGAUGAAGGCGUACUCGGGUGGCGGGCGAGACGCGUCCACCGAAGAGGCCGGAGUCGCGCUGGUCGGAGUCCACAGCGAGUACCCCCGCUUCGGCGAAGAGAGGGCACUCGGCGGCGGCACCUACAAAGGCGGGGGGACGGCCAAGCACAAACCCAAUAUAGGAUAUAGGUUAGGUAGAAGAAAGGCGUUAUUUGAAAAACGGAAACGAAUAAGCGACUACGCCUUAGUAAUGGGAAUGUUCGGUAUUAUAAUUAUGGUUAUAGAAAAUGAACUUUCGAGUGCUGGCGUAUACACUAAGGCAUCAAUAUAUUCACAAGCGUUGAAGACGCUUAUAUCAAUGUCGACUGUGAUCUUACUUGGCCUAAUCGUCGCUUAUCACGCUUUAGAAGUACAGUUAUUUAUGAUAGACAACUGCGCUGAUGACUGGCGGAUAGCAAUGACGUGGCAAAGGAUAGCCCAGAUAGCACUGGAGCUUGCCAUUUGCGCCGUCCAUCCCAUCCCCGGGCAGUACACAUUUACGUGGACCACCAAGCUGGCCAACAAAGGAGGAGUUAUUGGAGUUGAAGUUGUACCAUAUGAUGUUACACUCUCCUUGCCGAUGUUCUUUCGGCUGUACUUAAUAUGCAGGGUUAUGUUACUCCACAGUAAAUUGUUUACGGAUGCUUCAUCUAGGAGUAUAGGAGCUUUAAACAGAAUAAAUUUUAACACUAGAUUCGUUUUAAAGACAUUAAUGACUAUAUGUCCUGGCACCGUAUUACUUGUGUUCAUGGUGUCUUUAUGGAUUAUUGCCAGUUGGACACUAAGACAAUGUGAAAGGUUUCACGACGAAGAACACGCUAAUCUACUGAAUGCGAUGUGGCUUAUUGCAAUAACGUUUCUCUCCGUUGGUUUUGGUGACAUUGUGCCAAACACAUAUUGCGGAAGAGGUAUCGCCGUUAGCACCGGCAUUAUGGGAGCUGGAUGCACAGCGUUAUUAGUCGCGGUUGUUUCAAGAAAAUUAGAAUUAACUAGAGCUGAGAAGCACGUUCAUAACUUCAUGAUGGAUACACAACUUACUAAAAGAUUGAAAAACGCAGCGGCCAACGUUCUUCGGGAGACGUGGCUAAUAUACAAACACACGCGUCUAGUCAAGAGGGUGCACCCUGGACGAGUAAGGACGCAUCAGAGAAAGUUCUUGUUAGCCAUAUAUGCGUUAAGAAAAGUAAAAAUGGAUCAGAGAAAGCUAAUGGACAAUGCCAACACAAUAACCGACAUGGCAAAGGACCCCUUUCUAUUUCAGACGCAGAACACGGUCUACGAAAUCGUAUCAGACAUGAGUACGAGACAAGAUACCAUAGAAGAGAGACUCACUAGUUUAGAAGAGAAGCUAACUGCUUUACAGGAGCAAGUAAACACUCUACCAGACGUAGUGGCCCGUUGUCUCCAGCAAUGCUGGGAGCGGGCCGAGCAGCGGAGGAACUACCUCCACCCCGACACCGCCGCCGUGCCUACUCCACCGUCUUCUAUCACGCCUUAUGCGAGGACGAUGGCAUCAGCAUCACACCCGUGGCCGCCGAGUCCGGUCUUACAGCCAGCGACGCGGACCCACUCGGCACCAGAGAGUACCACGUCACACUCGAGUACUCCGGUGCCCCAACCCCAGCCUUCCAGCCCCGCUCCUCAUGUAUCCCGGCCUCCUCUACCCAGCUGAGUACCGCCCUCCAACUCCGAACUCCUGUGCUGAACUCGACGAAACUCGGCGCCCAUCCUCUGACCCCCCCUUUAUUAUGACUACGCCCCAAUAAGGUUUCACGACAGAUUGAAGCGACGCGUCAUCAACGCGUUGAGUGAUAGACGAAGUUCGACUAGUGUUUUGUUGCAGAAAAGAUUUUAGUUCCUAUUUAGAUUUAUCACUUUAUCAUUAACUUCAAAAAGUUGUUUUUCGUUACGAAUUACAACUUUGAUUUUGUCAAAAUGCGAAUCAUCGUCGUCUUCUGUUUUUGUUUCUAUAUUGUGACAAACAAAUUAGGGUUGAGGAAUGUUGUGAAACCAUUUACUGGGGUUGGCCGACGACCACGCCACGGUGCGAGAAAAGGUCAGCCGUAGUUUUCUUCGCUGUUCCCCAAGUUUCGGAUGUGCCAGACUUUUCUAGUGAUAUUGCUUAGAUAGUGAAUGAAAUUAGACGGAAUGGACUCGCUGUUGUGAUUAUACAAAAAUGCUUUAUCAAUAGACGCUUUAGCUAAUACAUUAGAUGAUAUUUUGAAUACAUUAUCAGCGUUAGUCAUAGGUACUAAGGUUAAUUACCACGUCUGUUCACGUUUUAUCUGAUGUUCAAGGAACCAAUUACACUGUUUUGUAAACUGCGUGUGUUUUUACUAAAGUUUAUUGUAAAUAUCCACCAACGUUUGUGCUUGUCUGUCGGGAAAUCUUUUGAAACAACGAAAAUCCAAAUUAUGUAUAAGUAUUGAUUUCAAAGAUUUCUCGAUGCGAUAAGGAUGAAUUAUAAUUCGGAUAAAUUAAAUAGGUAAUAGCAAUAGUUUACAAUUAGAUAAUUUGGGUUUUUAUGGACAGUCGGUCUAGUUUGAAGAAUUCGACUGCAUAAUGGUAAAAUAGUAAUCACAAUAUAAUUUAUAUAGCGGCCUUUACAGUAGGUGAGUUAAAUUCUUUUGCGCCAUGGCAACAAAAUUAAAACAGGGAAAUGACUUACUUCUUUUUGUUCAAAAUGACCAUUUUACCGUUAGUGUUCAUAACAAUAUUCAACAAAUUUAUCAUUUCCUCGAAUGUAUUUAUGUUUACUGAUUAAUUGAAUUAUUCAUCAUGUAGAAUGGUACAUAGAUUUGAGUUUCUUAUGUAUUGUAUUAAUCACAUACAAAUAGAAAUCAUAAUAAAUUACGUCACUUGCCGUACAUAGAUGUAAAACUUGGACUAAACAUUGGACCUACAAAAUAGAUACAGAUUUUGUUGAUUUCAAACAUAAUUUUAACUUACAAGAUCUAUAUAACUGUAUACACUUUAUUUAGAUUUACUUAUAGUAAAAUUGAAUUGUUACUACCUGCCUAUUGACAUGUAGAUUGUAAACAUUUUUAUAAGAAUAGCGUAAGUAAAGCUUUGUAUAAGACAUAAGAUUGAUGGCUGUCUAAAUAGUGCCUAAAACACUACGAAAAUUUCGAUAAUUCAGUUUUAUUAUCCUUAUGAAUAUGUAAAUAGAUAAAAACUAAAAUUUGAGAGCGUAAUAUAUAAUAAAUAUCUGAAUUUUGUAGUUGUACGAGUACGUGUGAUGGGAUCAAUUUCUUUGUAUAUUUUAGUUUUAAUGACUCACUUUGAUAUUUCAUGAUACAAUUUUAGAUUCAAUGAUAUAUAGCUUAAGGUCAACGCUUACGUAAAUAAUGAAAUACGUUCGUUUAUUUACAUAAUAUUUUCAUUUAAAACUUUUUUUUUAGAGUGAGACUAAGAAAGCCAAACGCACACAUCUUAAGAAUAUUUCUUAUAUCAUAAUAUUUGAUUCUUUAAUAAUUUAUUAUUUUUUUCUUAUUUACUUCUCUCUUGUCAAUUCGUUAAAACUAUUUGUAAUCUUAUAAUUUAAUAAAUUGAUCGAAUUUUUAACAGCCAGGAAUUUUAUCUUUAAUUUUAAAAUUAUAUUCAUAACAAUAGCAUAGGUAAGCUAAAUAAUCCUAAUCGUUCGUAUAUGCAAAAACACCAACUAGUUUUAGUGUUACGAGUAAAUCUGUAAUGAUAGAUUUAUAGAAUUCCUGACAUUGUACAUUUCUUAUAUAGGCAUUAUUAUCUUUGCCCUCUUCUUCUAAAAUUUUGUCAAACGUUCAAAUUCCCUUUUACUCCCUUGCAUUUGUACCUACCUCGUGAUUAUACACGUAGAUUUUACAUAUAUUACGACUGCAUUGCAAACAAAUAAACUUAACACUACAAUUACUUACUUACUUACCCAUAAAAAUAAAGGUACGAAUAAUGAACUAUGGUCCUAAAUUUAUUAUACGAUAACAUACAGAUUAGUUGUAUAUAUGUCGUUUAUUAAUACAAUUAAUUGUACUAUGGAUUGAUUAGUAACCAGCAUAUUUCAUUGAUUCCCUAUUAAAAUAAAUUGACACUUGCAAUUUUCGUAAUACCGUUUAACAAGGGUAUUUAAUAUAAAUGAAUUUGUAUUAAAACAUUAAAAUGUGGUUUAUAUUAUAUACAUGCAUGUACGCAGCAAACAAUACAGUGCCUAAUAGAAACCUUUAAUAGUUUGACAGAUGGCCAAUGUGUUACAUCUGAAACACGCCCCUAGCACAUUACUUAGUUUCGACAUGAUGGUCUCAGAACGUAUAGCCUAAUUUGAAUAUCCCCAGUUUUAAAUCUUAAUACUUCAUCUAGUCAUUAAGUUAAGCUUGAUAGUAUUUUAUGAUAUUCACAAAAUUGUUUUAACACUAGAUACGCAAUAUAAUAAUAUAAUAUAUAAUUGUUGAUAAUGUUUGUUGACUACAAAACUUGUUUGUAUGUAUAGAAAAUAUUUAUUCUUAACUAGGAUUUUUGAUUUAUUUGUUAAUUUUAUAGCUACAUAAAUGGUUUCAAUAAAUAAAGUUAUUUAUUCUAUAUUUAUGCAUAAUUAUAUUCACGGAUACAAUCCAAAUAUAUUUGCUUUACAUAGUUAUAACAAUGUGAGACAAUCCAGGAUACGGCCCCCAAAGAAAAGACAGAUGGCUUCGUUUAACCUUCUAAUUUAAUGGAUAACAGGCAUAUACUAAUGAUAUUGUCUUGUUUUAUAACGAUUUGGUGUAGGUAUGUACCUUCAGGUUAUAAAAUUGAAUAAUUGAAUUGAAAAACAAAAAACAUAUAAUGCAUCUUUCAUCUUUGUUUUUGGGUAUAGGUAAGUGAUGACCCUUGUUAUUACACCCAGGCACAACACAUCUUUCACACAUUAUUAUUCUUAUCAAAAUAUACCAUAUCUGAUACAAAUAUCUAGGUAUAUUAUAUUUGUGAAUAAUUUUGUACUCGAGCAAUGAGAAAAUAGGUAAUUAUCACGUGAAAUCUGUACAACGCCAUCUAUAUUGUUUUUGGGGAACGCAACCUGAAAAGUUCCUUAUUGUUCUAUUAGAAUAGAGGUUUAGUUUUAGACCAUAAAAUGCUAAAACACUUUUGUGAGUACACGACCCUAUUUUAGCUAAAAUUCAUAGUUAAAUUUAUUUGUAAUAAGAAUUGACCAAAUGUUGUUAAGAUUGAUAACUGUAGAUUUUGUAAAUAAGCGAAAAAAUCAUUAAGACAUUAUAAAUAAAAAGUAAUGUGUAAAUACCAGUUGUAUUUGCGAAUUUUAAUGUAAAUAAGUAUUGAAUACGGUUCCAGUAAAUUAUUUUUAAAGAAAUACGUUCAAUUGUAUUAUUUUUUAGUUGAUUGCGAACAGAAAGUUCUAUGCGGUGCGUAACAGAAGUGAUGAAACUUUUGUGAUCAUUGUUGAUGAAAGUGUAACUUCGAUUA